UCGUUACCUGAUCAAAACAUCUCGUUUGACAAGGAAAACGUAAAGAAAUCCAACAAAACCGGCUUAAAACAAUGAAAUUUUAAAAAAUAAUAAUGAUAAAACUAUUAUCAUUUCUUCUGCUUGUGGCCGCGGUUCAAAGUGACGAUCUAGAUAAGUUGCUUGAAGAGAUUUUCGAUCCUACAUCUACGACGGAUACAAAGUCAGCCCAAAAUCAAUCAGAGACGACUUAUAUUGAAAACGCACCAUGCAAGUUGAGUGAUGGUCGUGAAGGAAGAUGUGUACCAUACUACCGAUGCUCUUCUACUGGUAAUGGUGACUUAGACGGAAAUCUUUGCAGUUACUACAUUGAUGUAUGCUGCCCUGAAGACAAGACGAUACCUAAACCUGCGAAACGUGAAACACAGCAAGAAGGUUGCGGCUGGUCUAGUCCUAUUGGCGUUGAUCUGCCAACGCAAGGAGUAGCACAGUUUGGAGAAUUCCCUUGGAGGGUCGUUUUUCUCAAGAUCGAGUCAUUAAACAAUGAGGACCCUGAGAGCCCGAAAAUCAGUGUAUAUGCUGGAACAGGCACCUUAAUACACCCAAGCAUUGUUCUUGUUGCUGCUCAUCUAAUACUCACUGGUAAAACUUGGAGGAUUAGGGCAGGAGAAUGGGAUACACAGUCAGCCAAAGAGACCUAUCCAUUUCAAGAGAGAGAUGUAGCAUCAUUUGAGACUCAUCCAAACUAUGACAAAGAUCGGAAGCUCAACGAUAUUGCGCUUGUAUUCUUAGCUAAACCUUUUGACCUAGCUCCUAACGUUCAAGUAGCUUGUCUACCACCAAAGAAUUUUCAUCAAAAAGAUGGUUCACGCUGUUUCGGUACUGGAUGGGGCAAAGAACUAAAUAACGGUUUUAGAAGAUAUACAACCCUUCCGAAGAAGGUUGAGUUACCAGUAAUAGGACAUGACAAAUGUAAAGAGAGGCUGGGAAGUAUGUCUGAAUUGGAUUCUUCCUUCAUGUGUGCUGGAGAAAACGGGACUGAAUCCUGUUCGAAUCAUGGAAUUUCAGGUCUCUCUUGCCCAUUUGAGUUGCAGACAAACCGGUACGUUGAAGUAGGUAUAACAGCGAAAGGAGAUGGUUGUGAUGAAGAAAGUACUCCAGUAGUGUUUGUGAAUGUUUCUGCGGUGAGAGAAUGGAUCGAUGAUAAAGUAUCAGCUAAAGGUUAUGACUCCAAGACCUAUACUUAUUAAAUCUGAUUAAACAGUAUGGUGUUCAAAUUACAGUAGCUUUAUCUAUAAUGUGGCUUAUCGUUUAUUUUGUCAAUAAAUGUAAGAUCAUUAAUAAAGUCAAUAGGUAUA